AAAUAGACUUGGCAAAGGACAUUUUUAUGAUCGGAGGAAGAGUUUCAGACGGGACUGGCAUACAUUCAAAAAACCAAGAUCAUUUUACGAUGUAUCUUCUUGACUUGGAUUGUUCUAAUUCCAAUGUGAUCAUUGAAUGGGCAUCGUUAAGACAUCUCUUCCGCUCCCCCUACCGCUGGCUAAUACUGUCUAAUUUUACUGGACUCGCUCAGGAUUUGCAAGACAGCCCAGUGCUGUUGGAUAGCGACGUGGUUUUGGCCCAGAGGAGUGGAGACUGGUUUUCUUUAGUCGAGAUACACAAACCAUCCCCUAACGGCAGUAUGGUGACCACACCCCGAGGGUUCUACAACGGGAGCUAUGUGGACAUCAGACCCCACAGGGAGUUGUUCAGACGGCGCGGAGAUGUAAUGGGACAUCCACUUACUAUGUCCAACGUCAUACAAGACAGCAACUCCACGCAAUACCACUUGCCUAGAGAAGAUGCGCUAGAGCUGAAUUACGACGUCACUUCUAAAAUCUGCUGGAUGAUAGCGCGACUCGCGUUCGAGAUGGUGAACGCGACGCCGCGAUACAUAUUCAGUUAUCGCUGGGGGUACCAGGUGGACGGCCAGUGGUCUGGCAUGAUCAACGACCUGAAGAACGGUAAAGCCGAUUUGGGCACAAACUGCAUAGUGACAGACACGCGGCGUCUUUCGGUCGUCUCAUACACGGAUUCCGUUGCUCCAUACAGAGUGCGGUUCAUAUUUCGACAGCCUCCACUGGCGUACGUCGCGAACAUAUUCUCGCUACCGUUUAGCAGCAAUGUCUGGAUAGCCUUAGUCAUCUGCUGUUUCGCCUCUACUGCUGCUGUGGUUCUUGGUUUUAAGUGGGAAGCUAACUUGGAUAAGGAUUCACAAUACUUGACUGGGAAUAUUGGUGACGCCUUGUUGCUGACCAUGAGUGCAGUUAGCCAGCAAGGGUGCGUCAUCGAACCGCGGAGAGCUCCAGGUCGCAUCAUGCUGGUAGUGUUGUUCACGACUCUGAUGGCGCUAUACGCGGCGUACUCGGCUAACAUCGUGGUACUGCUGCAGGCGCCCUCCAACUCCAUCAGAAACCUCGCGCAGCUCACCGCCUCCAAGAUCACGCUCGCCGCCAACGACGUCGAUUACAAUAGAUUCGUGUUCAAUCUCUACAAAGAUCCUGUUCAUCAGUCAGUGAAUAAGAAAAUUAACCCCGAUAAAGGGAAAGGACAAUUUUAUACCAUUGACGAAGGAGUAGAAAAAAUUCGAGAGGGUCUAUUUGCCUUCCAUUCUAUAGUGGAAGGUGUGUAUCGCCGUAUCGAACAGACGUUUCUAGAGAUGGAGAAAUGCGACCUCACCGAGGUUGAUUUCUUAAGCAGUUUCGACCCAUUCGUGCCCGUGAAGAAGGACUCUCCCUAUAUAGAGUUAUUACGAGUAACGUUCAAACAAAUCCGCGAAUCUGGCAUCCGAGCGGCGUUGAACAAGCGUUACCAAGUCCCGAAGCCUCCGUGCCACACCAAGUCCGCGGCGUUCAGCAGCGUCGGCUUGCUUGACCUGCAGCCGGUCCUCGUGCUGAUGCUGUACGGCAUCGCUAUAUCGACAGCGAUAUUGGCUGUCGAAGUCGCUGUUUUUAACAUGUAA